AACAGUUUCAGAUUUUUAUCGUGUGUGUGCGCAAUUCGUGGAAGAAAAUUUGGUAAAAUUACGAGAAAAAUUGUUGAAAACUCGAAUGAAAAGCGCUUAUAUGUGGUGAAAAAAACAAAAACAAUAUGGCAAACUUGUGGUUCAUAAACGACGAUAUAAAAACGAUUGUGUAGAAUUGUAUACAGUUUCUGUACGAGUUCUUCAAAAAGGCUCUCUUCAACACUUGUGUGUGUGUGUGUACACACGCACACAGAGACAAACACAACGUAGACAAAAUACUAAAACCUCCCUCACACACACAAUAGUCGACGUUUUUUCAGAGCAGCAGCAGCGCAGCGAGCGACCCAAAUAAAGAAAGCGAACAGCAAAGCAAAGCAGAAUUAGAGAAGUGCUCGCAACACAUACACACUCUCACAUACAUAACGAGUCUUUCUCCGAAGAAGCAGCAGCAAGUUCAUUAAGUAUUCCGAUCAUGGACGAGGCCAACAUACAGGACAAGGAACGCUUUGCGAGCCGCGAGAAUCACUGUGAAAUCGAGCGACGUCGCCGCAACAAAAUGACCGCCUACAUUACCGAGCUCUCUGACAUGGUCCCCACUUGCAGCGCCUUGGCGCGCAAACCCGACAAACUCACCAUACUACGUAUGGCCGUUGCCCACAUGAAGAAUCUGCGUGGCACCGGCAACACAAGCAGUGAUGGCACCUAUAAACCUUCAUUCUUGACCGAUCAAGAGCUAAAACACUUGAUACUGGAGGCAGCCGAUGGCUUCUUGUUUGUGGUCAGCUGCGAUACUGGGAGAGUGAUAUACGUUUCGGAUUCAGUGACUCCCGUGCUGAAUUACACCCAAAGCGAUUGGUAUGGCACCAGUUUGUAUGAGCACAUUCAUCCCGACGAUAGAGACAAGAUACGGGAACAGCUGUCGACGCAGGAAUCACAGAAUGCCGGACGCAUACUCGACCUCAAGUCCGGCACCGUCAAGAAGGAGGGACAUCAGUCGAGCAUGCGCCUCAGUAUGGGCGCCCGGCGUGGUUUCAUCUGUCGCAUGCGUGUAGGCAACGUCAAUCCCGAUGCCAUGGUCUCGGGUCACCUGAAUCGCCUCAAGCAACGCAAUUCCCUCGGUCCGUCUCGAGAUGGUUCUAACUAUGCUGUGGUGCAUUGCACCGGUUACAUUAAGAACUGGCCACCCACCGACAUGUUUCCCAAUGUGCACAUGGAACGUGAUGUGGAUGACAUGGCCUCGCAUUGCUGCCUGGUGGCCAUUGGGCGACUGCAGGUGACUUCGACGGCGGCCAACGAUAUGACGGGCAGCAAUAAUCAGAGCGAGUUCAUCACACGUCAUGCUCUCGAUGGCAAGUUCACCUUUGUGGAUCAGCGUGUGCUACACAUUUUGGGCUAUACGCCUACCGAGCUACUGGGAAAAAUCUGCUAUGAUUUCUUUCAUCCGGAGGAUCAGAGUCACAUGAAAGAGAGUUUCGAUCAGGUGCUCAAGCAGAAGGGACAAAUGUUUUCGUUGCUGUAUCGAGCUAGAGCCAAGAGUUCGGAAUUUGUUUGGCUGCGUACUCAAGCGUACGCUUUCCUCAAUCCCUACACCGAUGAGGUGGAGUACAUUGUGUGCACCAAUAGCUCUGGCAAGACGUUGCACGGCGCCACGCCUGAGCAGCAGCAGCAACAGGCAGAUCAGCAACAACAGCAGCAGCAGCAACAACAACAGCAGCAGCAACAUGUCUAUGUGCAAGCUCCGGGCGUGGAUUACACGCUGCAGCCGCCGCGUCGCGAGAUUACGCCAACGGGCAGCGAUCCUGCCGGCAUCUAUCAGAUGCAUAUGCAGGCGCCUCAUCCACCACGUCCAGGUUCGGCGCAGAAUACGCCGGUGGCAUACAGUUAUGAUGCAACCCAUUCACCAUAUGGCGCCACAGCAGCUGGAGGCGGUCCAUCGCCGCUAGCCAAGAUACCCAAAUCGGGCACAUCACCCACGCCUAAUGCUUGGGGUGCACUGCGUCCCGCUUCACAACAGCAGCCACAAGCAACAGCUAGCGAGGCUUAUCCGGCAUAUCAACAGAGCAGCCCGGCACGUUCGCCCAGCGGUCCAACUUACACCCAACUAAGUGCUGGAAACGGACAACAGCAGCAACAACAACAGCGUCAGCAGCAGCAACAACAGCAGGCGAGCGCUUAUCAGGCGGCACCAGCUGCAGCGCAGUGGGGAGAUUGGCAGAAUGCUGCAGCCGCACAUCCUGCGGCUCAUCCGCAUCCACAUCCGCAUCCUCAUGCCCAUCACCCACACCCGCAUCCCGUGGUGGCAGCGGGCGGACAACAACCGCAGGGUCACGAGUUCUCCGAUGUGCUGCAGAUGCUCGACCACAGCGGCACGACAACAUUUGAGGAUCUAAACAUCAACAUGUUUACCACACCAUUUGAGUAAUGCAAUCUCUCUCCCACUCCCACUAUUUCCGUCUACUUGACUCUCUAUUUGCAUCUUGCUCUCACUCUUUGAGACGUUAUUCGAGAUGAGCGCUUGCUUAUCGAUUACAGCAUUCCUGAACUAUCGCGUAUCACGCGCUCAUCUCACUCGCUACUAUUCUCAGUUUUAUAAUUUACAUUUUCAAGUGCAAUCCAUAAAAACAAAACAAUACAAAAUUGUUGAAAUAUUCGAACAAGCGAAAUACUGUGUAUGCAGUCAGAUAUAAAGUAUAAAUUGCAAUCUCAAUAAAUAGGCACUUAAAGUACAUAAUGGUAGUCACGUACCAUGCACGUUCUCGAUAUCGAUAUCAAUUCUUCACAUAUGCAAGAAAGCCGCUAAUCCACACACACUCAGAGAGACCAGACUUUGGUCUCCCCAUCCCCCUCUCUCUGCCAAGCAGAGCUGCGCAAAACGCAAAGUAUUUUUUCAAAUUAUAAUUCGUCCCUCAAAAUUGAUCAUAAUGCUAAUUUCAAAGUUCAUAAACGAACAAAAGAACACAAAUUUUAUAUACAUAUGUAUGUAUACAUAAUUUAAAAUACUUUUACAUGUGUAAUUCCUAGACUAAUAAACAACAAUUGUAUUUCUAAGCACUUGCAAACACAAACGCAUACAGAUACAUACACCCACAACAAUUCAUUGGCCGCGUGCUCAAUCACCCUUCCCACCCACCACGCCUUUCUCUUCCCUCUUCCAUUCAUAUUCGCUCUCUGUCAGCUAGCGCAACAUUGACACCAUUUUGUUUGUUAUUGUUGCAUUUUGCAUGCGGAAAAAGCAGUUCAAGUGCAAAUACUGAAAAAAAAACAAUUAUUGCUUAAUAUUAUUUUCUACAAAAAAAAAACCGCAACGAGAAACCAACAACUAAAAGCUUCAUUUUAACGGGCUGCUUACAAUUUACUGUCGCGGCUUAAAUAACGUUGGCAGCUACAAACGUCGUAUUAUAAACACACAUACACACACAUCGAGAACAUUGCUAGUUGUAACAUCGAGUUUAGUAAAUUAAGCGAAUAGCAAAGAAACAAAUCUUUUUACACUAACUGAAAAAAAAAAAACAAUUUAAAUCAAUUUUUUAUAUGCUAAGCCUUUGUAAUUAAGCAAAUUCAACGCUAUAUAUACAUACAUGCUAUAAUAUCAUAGAAUUUUGGGUAAUGAGAAACAAUACUUUUGGUUUUAAAUGCAAAAUAAACUUUAAAUACUAUAAAACAA